ACCCGAACCAUUGCAAAGCCGAAUGUUGCAAACUCCCAAGAAAUUCCCAACACUCUUCUUCGAGCGAGGUUAAGAGGACUGAUAGAUGAGGGAUUGAGAUGAUGCCGACGAAUCGAAGCUGGGACUGGACGGACAGUAGAUACUCCAGUAUAUGAUCGACGCUAGGUGCCCAGGCCGUUGAUAUUGUGGCUCCCUGAGAUUGGAAAGUGUUGCUGCUAUGAAGGAAUAGGUUUAGUACCUCUCCAACCUUGGAAUCUCCGUUGAUUCAUAAGUCAUACCUCUCCGCUAUCGCGACUUUCGCUCAUUUGUUUUGGCCUCACACUCCCUUUGACUUCAAAUCUCCGUCGUUGUGCGCCUAUUGCCGUUCGUUAUGCUUUCAUUCCAAACCCUUUCGACCGUCCUCUGUCUCUCUUCAACUGUAUUCGCGACGGGGUGCUACUUCCCAGACGGAGGUGUUGCUGGCGCAGACACGGCGUGUAAUCCAAAUGCCCUAGUUUCAGCAUGCUGUUUUGAUAGACAAGCAUGUACCUCUGACGGCCUGUGUGUCUCCGAUCCUCACGAGCCCGCCAAAUCUCGAAUACAUCGAGGGACAUGCACGGAUAAAGCUUGGAAGAGUGGCAACUGUCCGAGAAGUUGUAUGGGUGUCAAAAAUAAUGGCGCCCCAGUUUAUAGCUGCAACUCGAGCAGCGUCGACUCCUACUGCUGCUUGGACAAUUGCCAGUGCAACGACAAAUUCGAGGUCUUCUCCUUUGACCACUCGCCCGCGGACGUUUAUACUGUGACUAUCAUUGGCGAAAUGUUCAGGCCAACCCAUACCUCAACUACCUCGAAUUCCGCCUCAACCGCAAGCGCUACAUCUGCCAACGCCACUGCCACAGCUUCUGCCACAGCAUCGACAGCCGGAGUAACAGACUCGGAACCCAAAUCCCUCAACUCCACCGCUCUUGGUAUAGGACUCGGUGUUGGCAUACCCAGUUUCGCAGCUAUCCUAGUCGGAGCCUUCUUCUUGUGGCGCCACAAGAAGCGUGCGACAACACCAAGCGAUGGCACUAUGGAAAGUCCUUCAGAGCUAGAUGACGUGCAGCUGGUCCCACCACAGACCAAGUACGCACACCAUACUGAGGCAGAGGUGUUAAGCUACGUGCCGAUGGGCGAACUAUCUGCGACGCAGCAGAACCUGGUUGAGCUACCUGCUGGGGAGAGUCCUACCUUGAAUGCUCCUGCGCCUGUGGAAUUAAAGGGAUAAGCCUGCCCGCUUCAGAUGGGGAAUAAACACAUAGGAAGGGCUUGCUGAAGAGCUAUAUGAUUGAUGAUUUGAUUUGUGGAAGUUUUGAAGUGGUCAGCCACUGCGAUGGAUUUAAUGAUACCCAGAUAUAUCGAGAGAUAUUGAUUCCCUAGAGUAUAGAUAGACAAACUCUGAUUACAUCAGUUUAUGAAUCGUAGCCUUGCGAGAGAAAUGGGGUGAAAUCGCGCUCAUAGUGUUGCCAUUGGCUGGCUGGCUGUAAUGAACGCUUGCAUGAACCCGUGGAUUGAGGGUCGCGGGCCGCAACGGUGCAACGGGUGCUGGGAUUCCUCUGCUGGC